AGCAUGAAGCGGACGGACUCGGCCCUUCUGGCCUCACUCACCCGCCAGAAAUCGUUUCGUGUUCUGAUCGCCUUGGCUUUUCUGUACGUGCUUCUUGUCGUAUUCGAGCUCCCUUUCGUGUUGCGGACUGGGCUCAGCCCUGGCUCUCUAGAAGCUUCAAUCGGCGGCGGCGAUGACAUAUUGAGCCUCCGGGAAGACAUCCUGCCCUACAAAUUGCGGCCCGAGAGGAGAAUCGAGGAGCUGGCCCGGACCCCGACGGUCUCCGGGUUGAACCUCGCCGCUGGCGUCGUUGAGAGCCGGGACGCGACCUCUGAGUCCAUCAAGCGCGCCCUCGACCUCGGAGGGAAGCUAUGGCGGGAAAUCGAAUCGAUUGGGAGAAACAGAAACCCAACCGGCGGUAAAUCAGUUAAUCGCAGUGAAAUUGGUGAGGUUGCUGCUUGCCCUGUGUCGAUUUUGCUGGCGGGCCAGGAAUUGGAGAGAAUGCAGGGGAGGACGGUGGUUCUGCCGUGCGGGCUGUCGAUUGGGUCGCACGUGACGGUGAUUGGGAGGCCGAGGGCAGCCCACGAGACGAUGGGCCCAAAGCCCAAGGAUGGGGAGGAGGAUAAGGAGAAUGGGCCUCGUAAGAUGGCUUCGUCUCAGUUCAUGGUGGAGCUUGUGGGGCUGAAAAUGGCGGAUGGGGAGGACCCGCCAAGGAUCGUGCAUUUUAAUCCGAGGAUAAAAGGGGAUUGGAGUGGAAAGCCAGUGAUCGAGCUCAACAGCUGCUACAGGAUGCAAUGGGGGAGCUCACAGAGGUGUGAAGGUUGGAAGUCGAGGGCCCGUGAGAACACCGUGGAUGGGUUAGUAAAAUGCGAGGCGUGGAGUCAAGACGACAAAAACGCUCCCAAUGAAUCGUUCGUGGGCUGGUUGUUAAAUCGGUUAUUGGGCCGAAAGACAGUUAUACAGUGGCCUUUUCCUUUCGUCGAGGAAAAAAUGUUUGUCCUAACACUUCGGGCUGGCUUGGAAGGUUACCACAUGAUUGUUGAUGGCAAGCAUGUUGCCUCAUUCCCUUACCGCCCGGGAUUUGCUCUCGAGGAUGCUACCGGAUUGUAUUUGGGUGGGGAUAUUGACGUCAUUUCCAUUUUUGCUGCUUCUCUGCCUGCCUCUUAUGUCGGUUAUGAUCGGAAAAAUCUCGAUUUGUCCGACAGGUGGCGGGCCCCACCUGUCCUGGACGGGCCCAUUGAGCUCUUUGUCGGCAUUCUCUCGGCUGGCAACCACUUUGCCGAGCGAAUGGCUGUGAGGAAAUCGUGGAUGCAGCACGAGCUGGUUCAGUCGUCAAAAGUCGUUGCUCGUUUUUUUGUUGCUCUGGAAUGGCCGGAUGAACUUUAUCCAACUUAUGCAAAUGGCCCGGGCUAUAUUAUCUCAAGUGACAUUGCCAACUUCAUUAUUUCGGACUUUGAGAAAAAUAAUUUGACGUUGUUUAAAAUGGAAGAUGUUAGCAUGGGAAUGUGGGUCGAGAAGUUCAAUAAAUCGAGACCGGUUAAAUACGUACACAGCCUCAAGUUUUGCCAGUUUGGGUGUGUGGAGAAUUACAUAACGGCUCAUUACCAGUCACCGAGGCAAAUUACUUGCCUUUGGAACAAGCUCGUACGCUUUGGAAUCCCAUCUUGUUGCAAUGCGAUUUUCACCGAUCUCUCGAGCGAGUCCGAUAGUUUUCUUCACCGGCAAGAGGCGCCGACGGCGGUUGCGGAGGACUCGCCGCCGCUUUCAGAUCUCGACGGUGAGGCCAUGGAAACAGGACAUCCCUCGACCUCGGCCCGCAAACAAACGGUUAGCACUCUAUCGACCGUACAAAUAAUCGAUGACCAGCAUUUCCUUGUCCACCUCAUCACGGGCGCCUAUUUCGCCCCCGACCUCACGAACCAAACCCCCCCAAAAUCCGCCCUCGAAAGACGAGCCCAACUCCUCCCAAAAUACACCUCACACGAACUAUCCGGCUCGCUCAUGAAGACGAGCAUAAUCGAGAGCGUUUAUUACUACAUCCUCCGAAAGGCCAAACACUCCCUAAUCCUAAAGCAGCCCCAUUUACUUCAGUACAUCCAUAGCCCGACCCAAAUGGGCCCCACAGCCUACCCCUCGUUCGCUGACCUCUUUCCUCCCGAGCUUCACGUGCUUUCUGGGGACACUAUCAGCAACAUUGCAUUCAUAAGCAGCCCGAAUAUCGAUUACAUGGAAGCUCGGGAAGUCGAGAGGUUCAAAAGCCUCACGGGUUUGGAUGGUUUUGGAUUUGAUAGGGAUAGUAUGAUGCUUCACAUAUUCGAGGAUUUGUAUGAUGUGAAGGUGGAAGGAGCUUCUGACUCGGUGGGGUCUGCGGAUUGCUCGGGAUUUGGUGGGCCCGGGCCCGAGCGCGGGUUGAUAUUUGUCCCGGAGCCUCCUUCGAGGGAGGAGUGGGGCCAAAUGAUUGCUGCUGUAAAAGGUGGGUUUGGGGUGACGGGGAGUGCGGCGAAAGGGCCCGUUGGGCCCGUUGUUGGGCUGAUGGAUGUUGGGGAGUCGGAGGAUUCGUAUCUGUUCCGGGUUUCGCUUCCAGGGGUGAGGAGGGAUGAGAUCCAGUUGCAAAAGAUUACAGUAGUCCCAGUUAUCUUUGAAUAUUACAGAUAUCUCAUUCAAGUUGUUGUGGACAGCUUGAGUUUCUGUGAGAUCGAGAGCAAUGGUACUGUGAUUAUCAAAGGAGUUACGGUUACUGGUGAAAGAGUGGUCGAAAAAUACGAGCAGUCAUUCGAGAUGGUGACCCACAAUUUGUGCCCGCCGGGCCCUUUCUCCAUCUCCUUCAAGCUGCCCGGUCCAGUUGACCCUCAGCAGUUUCAUGGGACCUUUUCAACCGAUGGGAUUCUCGAGGGAAUCGCUUUGAAAGAAACGAGCACGCGUGCUGCUUGUGGGCCCCAUCUUCUCUGUCAAUGA